AAUUGAAUGCAACAAUUACAACAAUUGGCAGAGUCUUAAAAGAACUGCACGACCUCGACACGCAAAUGCCGCUGGACGUUGGCACGCUGUCAGAGACAGAGAGCGAGAGAGUCACAGGCAGAGCGAGAUUGACACUGAGAAAGAGAGCUAAGCAGAGAGAGAAACCCAGCAACUUGUUUGAGCCGGCUGAUUUUACUUGAGAGAGGCUCAGAGAGAGACUGAGAGAGCGGGUGAGCGAGAGAGAUUACCAGUAUAAGCCAGCAUAACGGCUUUUACUGUUAACUUUUGUUUUGGGCCAGCAGUGGCAGCAGCAGCAGCAGCAGUAGCAUUGGCAUCGGCAGCCGGUGAAAAAGCUUGUAUUGUAUUUUUCAACUGCCUUCAGUCUGCCAAACGAUUGGCUACAUAGCGGACGCACUUACUCCGCGUCGUGCCGUAACCUCGCACCGCAACUUAUACACUUAUUCUUUUUGAGCCGCUGCGCAUGCUCUCAAUUGGCUGUUGGUGGUGGUAGUGUUUCGUAAUUGACCGACAACAGUGGAAACUGCUUUGUCCCAGUUUCUCGGAGCUCGCUUUUCAUUUCGUUGCUUCGUUAUUUCGCAUAAUGCAUCAUUGAGUGUUGAAAUUAAAGCGGCCAAGUGAUGUGCAAUCGAAAUCUUAAUCUAAGACACAUAAGAAAACUAAGUGAGAUUCGAGAAGUUGAUCGGCAGGAUUAUGAGAUCGCAUGUAGCCGUUUAUGGUGUGCCAGACAAUUUGGGUAAAAAUUGCAUAGCUGGACUAGGAGCAGCAGGACCUUAUGCUAGAUAUCCAACAGCUCCUAUAAGCUGGACCUCCGCCGGCGCCUCAACAACGCCUCAAGCGACCUGCUAUAAUGUACAACAUCAUGGACCACCAACCCCCACUCCCAUACAAUGGCCUGGUCCAACCAACUAUGGUCUUAAUAUGCCCAGUCCUAUGGUCAACCAGCAGAGGAUUAACGAAUGUGCUGGCAUUCCUCUAAUAUCAAAUGCAUCAUCUCAUCUAUCUCAACGUCAGCGUUUACUGCGAAAAUUAACCAAGCCUUUUCCGUCCGGACCACCGCAAUCGGUGGUGCCACCAACAUGGCCGCCACCGCCUCCCCCAACAACAACAACAUCAAAUGCAACUGCAACUGCAACAAUGGUGUCUGCUGCUGUAUCCCAAUUAUCUGGGAUGCCUUUGCUACAACAAACCGCCGGUGCUAAUCAUAAACCACAUCCUCAUCAUUGUUGGCCCGCUUAUCAGGGUCAGCCGCCAAGUGGAAACUUUAAGCAAUCGCGUGCCCUUCGCUAUCAAAAUUCUGCCCCAGCUGUGUUGCCCACACAAACUCAACAGCAACAGCAGCAGCAGCAGCAUAAUGAGAAGCUAAUUAUGUCGCAAGGUGGUGGUCAGGUGGAUCAGGAUCAGACGUGCUUACCACGUAUAAUAAAACCACGAAAACGCCGCAAAAAAGAUCGUAAGCCGGCCAAUUGCGUUCUAAUUAAGUUGGAUACAGAUCAGUUGCAUAACCAGCAUCAUCUUCACCAUCAUCAUCAUCAACAGCAGCAGCAGCAACAACAACAACAACAACAACAAUUUCAUCAACAUCAGCAGCAAUCACAAAUGCUGCGACAAAACUUUGUGACAUCCGCCGCCGGUUCGAUAUUCAAUCAUUCACUGGGUCGUUCUCAGGUUUUGCCUACUAUAAAUGGAAACGGCAGCCAUUCAUGGCAACAUGAUCAUAGCCAUGGUGUUUGCUUUUGCCGAGAUUGCGAUCCCUUACGUUCGCUUUGGGUCUAUCCAUUGCGUCGAUCACUCUCCGAUGCCUCGUACAGUGAGAAGGAUAGCAGAGAGGGCUCCUCGUCGUCAUCUUCUGUGGCGUCUACACAUUCGGAUAGCUCUUGUGAUAGCAUAUCGCAAGAGCCAACGGAGGAGUUUGCACCCAUCACUGGGCAUAGCAAACGUGCCGAGAUUGUGGGUGUCAUUGGCUCACAACGUAGCCAAAUGGGUCAGACCCACAAUCAUCAACAUCAUCAGCAUGAAGGAGUUGGUAGAGCUACGGUGACAGGUCCCACGCAAUGUCUUAGCGAUGAUUCUGGCUAUGGAGACAUUUUGAGUGGGAUUAAUAUAGCCAACGAUUUGUUCAAAAAUUGCUUCAGGCAAAGGCAAACGGCAACAUCCGUGGAUUCUGGCGAUGGCGGAGUGGCGAAUGCCGAAUCAUUGUUAAAUGAAAGCAUCAAUGAGAUAUCAAGGAAACUAAUCGAGACCUGCAGUGUUAGUAAUGAACUCAAUGGUGGUAGUGGUGGUGGUGGAGGUGGUUCAGGCAGCGAUAGCGGUUUGGAUAGUGCCAGCAGCUAUAAUUGCGAUUCGACGACGGGUUUGGUCUUUAACUUUGAGCAUUUAAAUUUGACGGAUGCAGCAACGCCCACAUCUUUGGAUUUUUCAGUGGAUUGCAACAACAACAAGAACUAUAGUGACUCCAAUGAAGGCGGCAAGGGAGCAACUGCAUACCAGCAACAAUCGCAGCAGCAGCAGCAACAGCAAUUUUAUAACAAUUGCUUCGACUUGCUGUGGCAUGGCAACCACGAUGACAGCCAACUGGCAGCUGCCAAACUAAGCCAAGACGACGACGACGACAAUAACAACAACAAUAACAAAACAACCACACCCACAAAACUAAUUCUGGGCACCAGCAUGGGGAAAUUGAAGCCAGCAUUUUCCACCAUCUCGUGACGCCGUCUACGCUAUAGACGACAAUGAAAAACUAAUCAAAAAUGAAGAAAAACGAACCCCAAACGACGAUCAGUCAGUUUGGUUGGUUGGAUGGAUAGAUGGAAGCCCUUAAAACAGAAAACGGAUGAAAGUUUUGGAAAUUUGAGCUAAUUGGAAACGUGAGACUUUAUAACGACAUGGCGUGGGUGUGUCUUCUCCUCCUUCUGCAUCUCCUCCCAUCAUUCGGAUAAGGAAAUGUAAAUUUCAUAUUACAUAAUCGAACAAAAAGAAAGAAACAAAAAAAAAAAGCGAAAAAGCAAAAGAAAAGCAAUUAAAUCAAGAAGGUGAAGACGAAGAAGCAAAAGAAGAGCAGCACCAACAAAAGGCCAAGAGAUAGCAAAGAGUCAUCCAAACGGGUCGCUACCAAGCGCAGAAGAUGGAAAUGGUCGUGCCAGGAAACCUUGUACAUAUAUACAAAGACUACACACACACACACACACAUACAUACACCUAUAUACAUACAUUAACUUUCACUUUCACUGAAGCGACAUAUCUUUUUGUUUUUGCCAAGACCACAGACAAGAUGGCAAGAGAGUCUCGAGGUCUUAUGUAGAUUUUUUCAAGGGAGACAAAACAAAAAAAGAAAAACAGCGAACAAAGCUAAAAUAAUCAUAGAAAUCUAUAUAUAAACAUACAAAUUUAAAUGUAGUAAUUGUAGUUUUGGUUUAAUGUAAAUGUCGUUAUUGUUGUUGUUGUUGUUGUUAUUUGUGCAUUAACGUUAGUGUUCUCUCUUUGGUUAAAUUUCCCAAAACAAUCGAAAAGAAAACAAGAAAAAGUUCAAUUCGGGUCGCGGUCUUAAAAGCCAGGUUCCUAUUUCGAUAUGGUUUUUUUGUGUUUUUAUUAUAUUUAU